AUGCAACACAAAACACACAACCCAAUCACAACACCUCGAAUGUACAAGCUGCGGCAGGUGGUAAUAACGGGAAUCGGAGGAUCGCGCAGCCAAUCGGCAUUUGAAGUCUCCAUCACAAUAUCUUCACGCGUCCAGAAGUAUUCGAUUGCAAUGGAAUUUCUGGUUUUGGAUAAAGUUACUGACGAUCAACCUUCACGGUCUAUUCCGUUGAUGCACUGGAAUCCUCCUUCCGAUAUAGCUCUAGCGGAUCCGGAAUUUUUUGUCUCGGCUCCGAUCGAUUUAGUGCUGGGUGCUCAAUACUUCUACGACUUUCUAGUACGUGAUGGUGGCCGGUUGCAGGUUCGAAAGUUUGGAAAUGCUCUUCCUGUGUUCGUGCAAACAAUAUUCGGAUGGGUUGCGACAGGUGAAUCCAAAUGCAUGGAUGAAAUAAGCAAUGUCAGUUGUCACGUAGCUAGAAUAGAACCGUUCGAGAAAACUAUCGAAAAGUUUUGGGCUUUGGAGGAACUUUUGAACAAAACACCGUAUUCGCAAGAGGAAGAAGACUGUGAGGUGCACUUUACUAGUACACAUACACGAGACGGUACGGUAAGAUAUACGGUUCGUUACCCUAAACGCAUGGAUUUCUACGACAUGGUUGGAGAGUCUAAACAAGGUUCGAUACGACGGUUUUCCCAAAUCGAGAAACGCUUGGAGCAAGAUUCUGGUUUGCGUAAGCAGUGUUCAGACUUCAUGCAAGAAUAUUUGAGUUUGGGCCACAUGAAGUGUAUAGGCGAGGCUAGCGAUCCGCAAUUGGAUGAAGGAAAAACGGUCUGUUAUCUCCCGCACUACCCGGUGUUUAAGGAGUCAAGUUCGACUUCAAAGGUGCACGUAGUCUUUGAUGGGUCUGCUAAAACGUCUAUUAAUUACUCGCUGAAUGAUGCUCUGCUAGCUGGUCCAAAUGUACAAGACGAUCUCCUCGACUUGAUGCUCCGUUUCAGAAAACAUGCUGUCGCAUUAGUCGCUGAUGUCACUAAAAUGUACCGAGGUUCAUGA